GUAGAGUGACCGCCUCAAGAUUCUUGAUAUGUAACUUAGCAAUAAUCAGUUAAGGACGUGUGUUUUAAAUUGGAAAAUAUUCAAUGCCACAAUUAAAGAGUCUUACAUUAUAACUAAUAAUUAAAUGUCAGUUUCCCUACGAAAAGUACUGUACCGUCCCUUUACAAAAAAGACCUCGGAACCAAUGUUAUCCUCGAUUUCAAGGGGGUGACCUUAUGUUGCAACAACAGAGACAAAUGUCAGGAACGUGGAAGGACAUUGCAAGAAGCAACCAUGUAUAGAUUUAUAUUCCGGACUGUUUACACGGCUCGAAGUUCUUCAGUCGGUGUCUAUGAGUUGCUAGCUAAAUGCGACAAGGCUUCAGUUUUCAGGGUUGCAAAUGGAGAUGGAGUCAAAGCAAUCAGCACAAGUUCAGUUAAUCUUUGUGAGAAGAAAGACGAUGUUGUCCUCCCUAAUCACGAUGAGAAAACAAAUGCAGAUGAAAAGGCGGACCCAACAGAGAGUCCAGCUAUGGCUACACAGAAAGCUGAAGAUGAAAGCAAAGUCAUCAAGAUGGCCGAACAAAGGACAGAUGAUGGAAGUGCUAUGCAGCAGCAGAUGGAUGUCAAAAUUGAACAGAAUGUGGCAAAGCCGAAACAAGUAAAGACUGAUGCAGCCAAGAGUGGGAAGGAGAGUCUCCUUGACCUUCUGGGAGCCAUGAAGGUGGAAGUUACAAAUAAAAGGAAGCUCAAAAUCAUGAAAGCGAAACAAAAUUAUGAGCCUACCCCCAAAUCAAAGCCAGCUACUAUGGAGAGCACCAUCAGUAUGUUUCAGGAGGCUACAGUGGAGGCUUCAUCACAGAGUGAGACACUGGAUUCUGAACUGGUUGCAGCUGCGUCUGCUGCUGCCUCCACUCUGCCUAACCGCACCCAGGCCGAGUCUGAGCUGCUGAGGCAGUUGAGGGAGCACGAGGCCAUCACUGAGGCUCAGAAGAAAGGGGACAUGAACAACCUCGGCGUAAUUAUCGCUGACAUGAAGGUAGGAAAGAAUCCCAACCGACAGAAUGCUCGGCCAGCUAAUCAGAUCCAGUUUGAUGAUGACGGGCGAGGGUACACACAGGACAGAGGAAUCACUGCUGAGCUGGACGGUGUUCUGAGAAGGAGGAACUUGUUCAGAGGGAAAAGACUUAACAUCUUCUCCCCCACUACUGAUGGAGAUGCAGUUGAAUCAACAGUUGCACGGCCAACUUUAUGGGACAUGGACUUUGCUAAUCAGUUGUCUCUGUCAAUCAACCAAAUACCCCGCAAUGGGUAUGAGGAAAUGAUCCAGUGGACCAAAGAGGGUAAAAUGUGGCAGUACCCAAUCAACAAUGAAGCCGGCCUGGAGGAGGAAGCCAGUGUCCCGUUCCAUGAGCAUAUCUUCUUAGAGAAACACUUGAAGGAGGGCUUUCCCCGUCAGGGACCAGUGCGUCACUUCAUGGAGCUCGUGGUGGCCGGUCUGUCCAGAAACCCCUACCUGACGGUCCAGCAGAAGAGGGAACACAUUUCCUGGUUUAGAGACUACUUCCACCAAAAAGAAGACAUCCUCAAGGAGGCUGAUGUUUACCUCAACUAAGCUUAGGACAAUUAAAUAUUUUUUCAACAUUUGUUGAAUUUGAACACAUAUAAGCAAUACCCAUUUUCAGGGUGGGGCCUUGCAACCAUGAUUAUCUUUACCCAGAUUAACAGGUUACAGUAGAAAAACUCUUCCAGGAGGCCUAUUAGUGUGGAUUUGCAUAAAGUCUGCGUCACAGUGUCAACCAUUGUACAGUAUCUACUGUUUGUAAAAUGUUGAUCAGACCAUAGAACCACUGUUUAAUCACUUCAACACUGGUUUGUGGCAUGAUGGAGGAAGACUGCAGGAAGGAAGUGACAUGUUGCUGAUACAAGUGCUUGUACAAGAUAUACAAACAAUAUAAAGCAGCAAAGAUA